CCUCCCUCGUGUGAUCCUAGAGCCUAGCCGAACGAUGCGCCUGCUACAGUACAACAGUGAUGGCAAUUUCAGCCUAACUGAGUUCUUCAACAAAGUCAUACCCGAGUACGCAAUCCUUUCACAGAGGUGGGAAACGGAGAAGGCGAAGUUUGGGGAUCUGCAGAAGGAAAUCGGCACGAAGAAGGCUGGCUAUAAGAAGCUACGAUUCUACAAAGAACAGGCUAGGGGUGUUGGUUUGAAAUAUUUUUGGAUGGACACAUGUUGUAUCGACAAAUCGAGUAGCACCGAGCUCGCAGAGGCCCUCAACUCGAUGUAUCGCUGGUGCCGAGAUGCGGCUAGAUGCUACGUCUAUUUAUUGGAUGUCUCGGCACUAAAGCAGAAAGCAGGCGAUACAUCUACCGAGCAUACUUAUACCUCUAAAACGCAAUGCUACAGCAGAAUGUUGGAUUGUAAAAUGUAUAAGAGAUCGGGCAUCAUAUUGCGCCAAAUUACUACCUUGCGGUGCUGUGUAAGUGCGGCGCGUGAAAUCAGAACUAGAGAAGUGUGUGCCAGAAAAACUCAACUUCCAGUAAUCGAGGCACUAGGAAGCCACGCAUUCAGCCUUAACGAUUAAGAAUAAGACAAAAUCCCAUCAGCAUUUCCCUAGGAGAUGCGCAGCACAGCAUACAGGUAAUCGCAGCCCGGCAUGUCUGUCCGAAACGAAGCUAGCAGGAGUAGGCUGAUUGAAAAGCCACAUGAAAGCGUAAGUAAAAUGCAUCCAGGAUAUCAUGGGUAUCUACCCGAUGCUUCAAAGAUUGAUUUGACAAUCGCCUCAAUUAGCGUUUUCCCCCAAAUUGUGCACAGAGCCCCCCUGAAAUGACUGGCUGCAUGAAUAUAUUACCACCUUAUAAUGAUAUCCGAGCAGAAAUUUCUGAAUCACCGCAUAACACUUCAUGCUGACUGUAGCAGAGUAGUCGCAAGCAAUUGCUUUAUUCCUUUUGGGAUGUUUGCGACUAUCUGACCCCACACUUACAAUUUGCAGGGAGCUCUGUAGAUACCUAUGGAAAUUAUCCACUCCGGGAAACUGGGGA